GUUGUGUUGGCUGAGACUGAGUUUAGAGGGGGAUAGCUGCUUCUUGGACAUCACAUUAUAGGUGUAUGACAGACUGAGAUUACUGAAUAUGGAAGUAUUACAUCCUACCUUGAUUAACAUCGGAGGGCGGAUAUACAGGAAGAACACAAUUCGAGAGACUACUUUUCAAAAUGAGGAAGAAGAGGAUGAUUUCUAUAGAGAGCCCAUGCAGUGCUUAGACGAGCCUUGUGACGACUUCACAGUGGAAGAGUCUGAAAGGGGUUUUAAAUGUACAGUAGAUCUUCCCAGUCAACUAUUUAAAUACAUUAUUGGAAAGAAAGGGGAGACCAAGAGGAACCUUGAAUCUGACACACGAACCUCUAUUAGUAUCCCCCGUCCUGGGCUUGAAGGUGAAAUUGUUAUUACAGGCCAACAUCGUAAUGGAGUUAUCUCUGCUCGGACACGCAUUGAGUUACUGGCUGAGACAUUUCGGAAAAAGCAGCCAUUUACCCACUUUUUGUCCUUUCCCCUUAACCAGCCUGAGAUUCAGGAGAGGUUCCUGCAAUUUAAAGAGGAGGUCCUAACAAAAUGUUCCAAGGACCAUGGGAUAGACAACACUAUUUUUCAGAACCCAGCCAAGCUUCACUUAACGAUAGGAACCAUAGUUCUUCUCAGCGAGAAAGAAGUCAAACAGGCUUUUGAAUUGCUCGACAAGUGCAAGGAGGACUUCCUGGGCAAACUUGCUGCUGGGAAGCCAUUGCAAGUGAAAGUGGCUGGAAUAGAGUACAUGAAUGAUGACCCAGCCAUGGUGGAUGUCUUGUAUGCAAAAGUGCAAAUGAAGGAUGGAUCAGAAAGAUUGCAGCUCGUAGCUGAUCGCCUGAUGCAGAGAUUCAUUGGAUCUGGGUUGAUGCUGAAAGAGUGGGACAGAGUAAAACUCCAUGCUACCGUUAUGAACACACUGUUUCGCAAAGAUCCUUUAGCCGAAGAGAGAAAUAGCAUAUCCUCGGGAAAACCUGGCCAGAGAGAAAGGGAAUCAUUUGAUGCUAGGAACGUGCUGAAGAUUUUCGACAAUUACUACUUUGGAGAUUUUGACUUGAAUACGGUACAUCUUUCUCAAAGAUUCUCAGUAGAUGACUCUGGCUAUUAUGCAUCAUCUGGACAAGUCACCAUCUCCUGAGGAUACAGCUCGUUGGUAAUUCCUCAGAUUCCAUCAAUAGGAUGAACUACAGGUCACGCUGAGAAACAAAAAAUAAUAAUUUGCAGGCAAAAUAAAAUAUUUGUAUUAUAAUGAAGAAAAGACCAAUGCAUCCUUUUUAAGAGUAAAAAAGGAUUUAA